UUAUUUCCCAUUGUAGAUCCCCCCUCACAAGCCCCCCAAUCCUCACACCCAACGAGGCAAGCCACCCCCUCCAGCAGUGAAAGCUCCCCACUCCACACACCCCUCCACACCCUCACACAACUUCUCAUCCCUCUCAGUCGCAUUCUCUCCGUCAGGGCUAGUGACCUCUACCCCAUCUCGCACUUAUGGUGGAGAAAGUGACGGCAGCUUCAUUGCUAUGGGUGCAGGGAAAGACUCGAUCAUGGCUCCUAGAGAUAGCAUUAAGAAACAGUCAAUCAAAGGUGAAAUUGAUGAGCUGGAAGUACUGUACACACGACUGCUUGAGACCACACAUCUUAAUGCACUGUCUGCUCACAGUAUGAAAGAGCAGGAACAAGAGGCCAAGAGACAGCUAUACAGUCUGUGGAAAAGUGUUGAGGACAAGAAGUGUAAUAGUGUGGAGCUGAAAAAGAGUCUUGACACUGAAAAGAGGAAUCUGGCGCUAGACAAAACCAUGGACAUACAGCUGCAAGGUCUUGGUCCAGUAGUCUCAAACAUUGCUCAUCUGGAGAGGAGCUAUGUUGCUAUGGCGAGAGCUCUGGAUGCCACCAGACACGACAUGGAUCUACGUGGAAUACUGCCAGUCGAUGAAGGGCAACUGACGGAGAAGCUGGCGGAGUGUGAAGAUGUGUUGGGAGAUGUCAUGAUGGACAUACGCCCCAAACUCUCAAAUGUGACCUCCUUCGCUGAGUCUACUGAUGCAGUAGUGACUACUGUCGACAAAGAACUGGAACAAUUGAAAAGAUGUUGGAGUUCUCUAGAAACAGUCACCAAGCAACAGCUGCACCAUACCAGUGUGCACUUGGAAUGCAAGCAAAGAACCACGUAACGUGAACACCAUUAUAAUUAUAGGAUCUAAUGUCACUACAAUUCAAAAUGCUCUCCAUCUUAAGCAUUGAUUUAAUAUGAUUUUAUGAUUUUUAUCAUGUACAGAAAUUGUUAUUGAUAAAAAAAACAUAGUCUGUUUUGGGUCAUAUCUGAUGCCAUACAUACC